UUUCCUUGGGUAAACAUUUAUAAUUUUUUUUAGUAGGGAAAUUCAGGAUUAAAGUAUUUUUCUAAGACAACACUGAUAAACUUUAAUGCAAUCAAUAAUUAUGCAAAUUUCAGCAUUUAAAAAAAUUUGAGUAAAACAAGAAAAUAAAAUUGAGUGAUUAAAUGAGAUUUAGAAUACUCUUGAUACCCUAAUCUCCUUAAACCCAUUCUGGAAUAGAAUGGGUAUAAACAAAGUGACAAAUAUAACUUGGAUUCCUCAUCCGUGGGUUUUUUUUUGUGGGGGGUAGAAAGAAAUUACUUUUACAAAUAGCAAUGAAUAUAAUGCAAAUUUACACUGUCCUUCAGGUUGGAAACUACAACAUUCACCCUGAGCACAUACAGUAAUUGAAAAAAAAACUUUUAAAUGAGACAAAGGUAAAUAUGUUUUGUAUUUCCAGGAGUCAGUACUUGGUAAAUUCAUUAACAUCGAAGCAAAUAUGUUUUCUGGACAAACUGAUAAGUAGCUUGCGUAUGAGCAUGGGUUUGAAACAACCUCAGGUUGAGAUGAUAACUUAGAGAACUGGUAUUUUGAGUUAUCCUCUACACAAUUGGACUAAAUGUUUAGAAUAAUUUACAUAGUAUAAAUAUUAAGCAAUAGAACAUUAUAGAGUGUUAGCAAUGGAGUGAACUUAAUAAGGAGCCAUUCAAAAAUGAUCUAUUUCUAAAAGUCUAAAAAACUGUAUUGCUAAUAACCUACAUAUAUGGAUUUUUUUCAUGUUCAAAUACAUAACAUAGCGCUCUAAUACGUUCUCUUAGAUACCCAUAUCCAAGAUAAAACUCUUCUUGGACUUCUAAUUUGUAAAACCGAACCACCUUUAAAGAGCUAGUGGUCACACACAAAGAAUAUAUAAUGAAAGAAUUAAAAUUACACACACACACACACACACACACACACAAUGGACCAAUAUGAAGGAAUCACGAAAGAAGCAAUAUAAGUGAAAGAAAGUACAAACGAUAAACACACUUCCACUUUAAGCCACAGGAUGUCGUUGUUCUCCAAGGAGAGGACUGUUUUAACCGAAAAAAAAAAAAAAAUAAUAACGAUUAUUCUCGCACCAGAAAGGCUCGCCACUGUUCCGGUGCUUUAUAGACUAUAAACACACCCAUAUUGUUAAGAUCAGCUGGGAUAUCAGGAACAAAGACUCAGAAGGAAGGUCUCAAAAGGACUACAUAUUUCUACGCAUGAAGUGUUUAUUUACUAACCAGAAGCGAGUCACGAUGUUAACUUCAGGACCAGAGAGGCAGGGAGCCUGGCUCCUGCUUCACUCGCUUCUGCUCCUCGCAGCAUGGGAGACAGGGAGCAGCCAGGUCCAUUAUUCGGUCCCCGAGGAAGCCAAACACGGCAGCUUCGUGGGCCGCAUCGCCCAGGACCUGGGGCUGGAGCUGGAGGAGCUGGUGCCGCGCCUGUUCCGGGUGGCGUCCAAAGGCCGCGGGGACCUUCUGGAGGUAAAUCUGCAGAAUGGCAUUUUGUUUGUGAAUUCUCGGAUCGACCGGGAGGAGCUGUGCGGGCGGAGCGUGGAGUGCAACAUCCACCUGGAGGUGAUCGUGGACCGGCCGCUGCAGGUGUUCCAUGUGGAGGUGGAAAUAAAGGAUAUUAACGACAAUCCGCCUGUAUUCCCAGCGACACACAAAAAUCUCUUUAUUUCCGAAACUAGGCCUCUUGACUCUCAUUUUUCACUAGAGGGCGCCUCCGAUGCAGAUAUCGGGGCCAACGCUCUGCUGACUUACAGACUGAGCCCCAAUGAGUAUUUCUCUCUGGAAGUACCGACCAACGACGAGCAGGUAACACCGCUCGAACUAGUACUAAAAAAACCUUUAGACAGGGAAGUCACUUCAGAGCUUCUCUUGGUGCUCAAAGCAACGGAUGGGGGCAAACCUGAGCUGACAGGCACUGUAGAGUUAAACAUCACAGUGCUGGAUGUAAAUGACAACGCCCCAGUGUUUGACAAAGCAGUUUAUCGUAUAAAAUUACUGGAAAAUGCAAGAAACGGUACACUGGUUAUUAGACUUAACGCCUCGGAUUUGGACGAGGGUUCAAACGGCCACAUUCUUUAUUCCUUUGCAACUGAUGUCUCUAAUACAGAAGCCUCUUUUCGCAUAGAUUCAAACAGUGGAGAAAUAAAAGUGAAUGGAAAAAUAGAUUUUGAAGAAAUUAAAUUAUGGAAACUUCAAAUAGAAGCAGUUGACAAAGGAAACCCCCCAAUGUUUGGUCACUGCACAAUCUUGAUAGAAGUCUUGGACAUCAACGAUAAUGCCCCAGAGUUGCUAGUGACGUCACUGUUGCUCUCUAUUCCAGAGGAUGCUCCACCGGGGACUGUCAUCGCUCUAAUCAGUGUAACCGACCAUGACGCCGGUGGCAAUGCGCGGGUGACCUGCUCACUAACACCCCAAGUCCCCUUCAAACUGGUGUCCACCUUCAAGAAUUACUAUUCGCUAGUGCUGGACAGCGCCCUGGACCGAGAGGCAGUGUCGGAAUAUGCUCUAGUACUGAUCGCGAGGGACGGGGGCUCGCCUUCUCUGUCGACCAUGGCCAGCGUGUCCGUGGAGGUGGCCGACGUGAACGACAACGCGCCCGCGUUCGCGCAGCCCGAGCACAAGGUGUCGCUCUUUACUUGGAGGAAAUAG